AUGUCUUUCUACAGAGCUGUCCCAGAGACCAAGACCAACGGUAAACCUAUGGCCUUCCGGUCUCAAAAAGAGAUGUUUGAGAAAAUAGAAGAAUCCUUCAAAAUCUGUGCACAAUGUGAGAAGCGGCCGAGUCAACUUUCAAACCCACAGAGCCUGAAGCGUUGUGCUAGAUGUCUAAAUGUUUAUUACUGCUGUAAAGACUGUCAGAAGGGCGACUGGCCCAAACACAAGAAGUUCUGCUCACAGCUGCGUCUGGCUGCCAUUGACAGAGUUGUGGAGUGGCUUGUGUUCAAAGAAGAGCUUCCGUUCCCCACAGAAAAAUGGUCAAAGCCCCAGUCAGAGGUUAAAGGUUGGGAUGACUGGCUUGCGAUGCAGGGAGAUCUCACAGCUCGCCUCAAUCCCAUUUUAAAUGGUGCAAAGAUGAAAGACCUAUGGACCAAUGCUGGCAGGCCUCGGCCUGACGAUGAAGACCUGAAGCUGUCGCUGUGGAGAGUCUGCAGUGAGUUCUUCUGCAGACCGUUGACCAUCGCCUGGGGGAUGAGGCUAUUUGGCCUUAACCCUUAUUCCAAACCUCUCACCAUUCACCUGGUGGGAGCAGGCCACAGUGAGACACUGGCAGCCAGACUGACGGACUACGAUGAGAUAAACCACAUGUUCCCCGGACACCAGGGAAUCGAGAUAGUCAUGGUGGGGCCAGAGGUGCUGGAUGGCCCCAUUGUGAGGCCUCCACUCAGAGCGUUUGGCCCCAAGCAGAGGGUCUACAUCAGCGCCUACAAGGGGCUCUACCACCAGUUCUGGGAGGAGCUGGUGGAGAAAGAGGAAGCAGCCAAGCCAGACCUGGUGGUGGGAUUUCAUCCUGGCUUUGAUGCCAGUCAGGGCCUGGACGACGGCUGGCUUCCAACACUACUGCUCCUCAGGGAUUAUGAGAUUCCUUCACUUUUCACUGCUCUCAAUGAGAUGGAGAUGACCUACUCCCUGCAGAUCCUGCUGGAGCUGGAGAUGGACAUGAAGGGAAGUGGAGCCAACCCCUUCUCCUCGCUGAAACCAGAAGUGGUGGGCUCAUGUCCCAACAAGCCUCCCGUCUACUGCAACUCCCACUACUUCUGUUUUCAGGGUCUCCUGGAGACUGUGGAGUUUGAGGAGCCGGACGAGGCCUGA